UUUUUUUAAAUUUUUUUAAUGAUUAUUAAUUUUUGGAUAAAUUUUCUUCAUUUCUCUCUCUCUUUGUCAACUAUCCAACUCCUUUAUUCAUUUACUUAUUUAUUUGCACCAAACCACACCCAAUGGCACCUUUACUUUCCGCACCGGAUCUUUACGCAACCAAACCACAAUCCACCACCUCACAAUCAUCAUUACCUCCUUGUAUCGCUCACGCUCACCUUGCACAGCAAAGUGAUCCUCCAAUGGUACAACUUUGGCUACCCAUGGCUCAUAACAGCACUCCACAGUCUCAGCUGCAUCAUCGGCAUGCACAUCCUCCGCAUAACCAACCGAUAUACACCCAAGCCGCUGAAAUCGCCACAGCACAGGUACAUCAUCCUGGCUUUCUCCCUCCUCUACACCAUCAAUAUAGCCAUAAGCAACGUGUCGUUGCACCAUGUCUCCGUGCCACUCCAUCAGGUCGUCAGGGGGACCGUGCCGGUAUUCACUGUGGUUCUGUCAAAAAUUGCAUUGAAACGCAGGUACUCGAGCCAAGUGUAUGCGAGCUUGGUGCCGGUGGUUGUUGGCGUCGGGGUGGCCACGUAUGGAGAUUACGGGAGCACCCGGGUGCUGGGAUUAGUGUUAACAUUGGCCGGAACCGUUUUGGCCGCAGUAAAAACCGUUGUCACCAAUGGUCUCUUAGUCGGCGACUUGGGGCUAGACCUCGAACCAUUAGAUUUGCUGUACCAUCUGAGUCCCCUGGCUUUGGCCCAAACUACUCUUUGGGGCUUAUUCAGCGGGGAACUCGGAGCUGCAUUGCGGACGGAGUAUCCAUCGCUGAUCGGACUUUUGGUUACAUUGGCGGUUAAUGGGUCGGUCGCUUUUGUUCUGAAUAUUUGCACUGGCGAUGACGGUUACGGGAAUGUCAAAGUCGUGCUUACGGUAGUUUUGGGGUGUCUUUUGUUUGGCGUUUCGUUGUCAUUGAUAAGUGUUGUUGGCGUGGUUGUCACCUUGACGGGCGGUAUUGCCUAUUCUGCGGUAAGGUUGAGGGAGAGCAAGUCGGCUAAACAUUACGUUUGAAUAUGUUUACUGCUAUUUGCAUUAUUUAAAAUAUAAUUCCUAUCUACACAUGUGCCAUGUAUCAUUGAAAUAUUUGUAUUUUAUUGUUUGCAUUAAUAGAUA